AAGUGACGUGUGAUGUCCUCUAGUGUUGUGUUUGUGUAGUGUUUGUCACCAAAUGUUUGUAUGAAAUGUGUGCCAAAAUGGCGCCACUCUUUGCCAAUCAGUUAUAGUGAUUAUCAGCAAAACAUUGGUCCCGAAGACCACUAUAAGACAAUUGAAUACACUAUACGAUUGCCGAAAUGGCUAACAAAAGUUUUAUGUCCAAUCUGUCCAACUCUGACACCAGUUUAUGGCUUCACAACAAAUUGGGAACCAGUAAUGACUUGUGGUCUGAUACGACAAGUAUUGUCGGCCAACUAAGUGGAGAUGUCUUACGUAAUAUACGCGACUGUUUUGUUGACUUACAAUCUCAGGUCAAACUUAAACUCUUGCUCUCAUUCCUCCACAUCUCCAGACGUAAUGUUGAACAGUGGAGAACCGAAUUGGAGGAAAUACUUGAAUUGGCCGUCAAUGACAGCGACCAAUGGGUGUCCAUAAUAGCCGAACUGCUCCAGAGUUAUCCACAGAAUGGAACCAUUAAUUUUCAAUUAAAUACUAACUCUUCAUCGUUUAAUGAUUUGAUCGUUGAAUUAAAAAAAUUAGUCCGCAAACACGGGGACAAAGGUAUCCUACCGAUGGAGUGUCUGUAUAUGAAUAAGAGUGCGCUGACGGCAGCAGCCGGUCAAUUGGCACAACCGGUCAAACAUUUUGCACUAAAACGUAAACCAAAGUCAGCCACUUUGAGGGCCGAACUCUUGCAAAAAUCUAACGACGCUGCCAUCGGUCGACGCAAUUCAACCGGACCUUCAGUUCCUAUUAGAUGUCGCGGUUUAAGCAGUGAUACAACACCAUUGAAAGGAAUUCCCACUCGUAAUGAAUUAUUACACAGUCGUGUCAAUAGUUUUAAAACACCGACCAAUUCGCUAAAACCAAGCUUUAAUAAUAGAAGACCAGUUGGUUCUACUAAAACAGGUAUCAAACUGUUGGAUAUUACGGAACAACCGCUGGGAAGUAGUAAUAAACGACGAAAGAAGGCACAGAAUGAAGAAAAUGAAAACAAACAAAAAGAUAACGAGAAAACUGAAACGGAACCGAUUACUCCUGAUUAUGCCGCAGGACUUACGUCUAUUGUGCCACCGAGUCCUGCACCGCCCAGUUAUGCACCACCGGCCACUCCCGCACCUCAACCAACAGUUAUACCAAAUGAAAAUUAUCAGCAAAUUCAGACUUCGGCACCGAUACCACAACAGAUACCUACAGUACAGCAACGGUUUGUCAAUCAAAAUAUCGAUAACAAUGUCGUUAAACAAGUUAAGCAAAGUCCGCAAAUAAAGACUACGUCUUCAUUGACACCGACACCUAAUACCCCACAAUUGUCUCAUAUUGUGUCGACACCACAAGUAAUACAACAAUUACCGCCACAACAGCUGCAACAACAACAGCAACCACCACCACAACAACAGAUGCACAAUCAAAUGCAUGCGCAACAAAUACAAAUUAUGCAGACAUCAUCUAUUCCUCAACAAGUACAACAACAACAACAACAAGUGAUAAUUCCAGUACAACAACAGCAGAUGCAACAACAACAACAACAAUCAGGUCAACCACAGCAACCAUUUGUCAGACGACAGCUGCAGUUAUCGCGUGAACAGAUGUUGGCCGCACAAGAGAUGUUCUCCACAGCGAACAAAGUGACCCGACCUGAAAAGGCACUCAUACUUGGUUUUAUGGCCGGUUCUCGUGAGAACCCGUGUCCACAAUUGGGUAAUGUUGUGACCAUAAAGUUGAGCGAAAAGGAAGAAGAUGUACGACAUCCAGACGGCACUAUUGAGCACAUGAUUGUUGAGACACACUUCCAGAUGAACUACAAUACCGGCGAAUGGAAGAAAGUACAGAAAUGUCGAAAAUUAGACCAAAACGUGCAAAACACUCACACAAUUCAGGGCUACCAAACUCUUCAGCAAACUGUUUAAAUAACAAACGAUUAUCUGUUUGCUAAUUAUUUGGCAAUAUUUUGUAUAAAAUUGUAUAAUAAUUAUUUGUUUAAUGA